GAAAGGCGCGGCUGGAGAAGAAGAAAAAAGUGCUCUCGGGAGACAAGCGCGUGCCCCGUCUUAAAAAAAGAAAGCCGCGGUUAAACUCUCGCUUGAAUCAAUGCUCUGUUGGCAUUUUCUUUUCUAGUUGGAGGAUUCGUUCGGCAGGGCUCGGCGUGUUGCUUCUACUGCAUGUUUGCAUGUGGAGGUUCGGGCUGCCCGCCCAGCAGAUGCGCGACUGGUGUUUAUCGGGUGUAGACCGCUUAGGAUGCAUUUAGACAUUUUUUGAGACGUAAAUGGGGCGGGCAGAUCUCUUGGCUAAUAAUUCUUGCAAAAGAUGCAGGGUGCUGGCUGCCUGAAUGACCGGCUAGAGGUCUGUUUGCAGAAGUUAAACGCGGAAGCUGCACAAACCCGUUUCUGACCCUUCUUCUCGCUCCGGGGCAUACACGGAAGAAAGAUUUCUUUCCUUAGGAAAUGCUGCUUGUAGACGGGAGCAGGUGUUAGGGUCUGGAUUGCCUGUAUUUCGAAAGCUACAUUGAACUGCAGCUCUUGCUUCUCUGUAGAGGAAAGCGCGGUGCCCCUUUUCACACCUGGCAGAGAACAAACGGGGCGCUUCUAUCGGUCUGCUUGAUUGCUUCGGAACAUGGGUCAUCACGACCAUAUGUUCAAAGUGCUGAUUAUUGGGGAUGCCACAGUGGGGAAGACCUCGCUGGUCCAGCGAUAUGCUAACGAUAGUUUCAACAAGCAUUAUAAAUCUACUGUUGGAGUGGACUUUGCUUUGAAGGUGGUACAAUGGUCAGAGUCUGAGACUGUGAGGUUACAGCUUUGGGACAUCGCAGGUCAAGAACGGUUCACAUCCAUGACUCGGCUGUACUACAGAGAGGCAUCAGCCUGCAUCAUCAUGUUUGAUGUCACCAGCAUUAGUACCUUCACCAGCUGCCAGAAAUGGAAGCAGGAUUUAGACAGCAAGCUGAAGCUGCCAGAUGGAAGCCCUGUCCCUUGCUUGCUGCUGGCUAAUAAAUGUGACCUUUCUUCAUGGGCUAUGACCAGGGAAGAAAUUGAUCGAUUCAGUAAAGAAAACGCUUUUACUGGGUGGACUGAAACAUCUGUCAAGGAAAACAAAAAUGUAAAUGAAUCUAUGAGAGUCCUUAUUGAGAAGAUGAUGGCGUUGUCAUCAAGUGAAGGAGACUCUUCUGUUCCAGGCCAUGGAGACUACAUCAACCUGAAGGAUGCAUCCACACCCAACUGGGGAUGCUGCUAGCUGCAAACUUAACAGCAAUAGAUCAGGGAGCAACAGUGAUUUUCAAACAAGUAUUGGCUUUUUAAGUGUUGAAUUGGCAUGAGCAGCAGCAGAGAAGGAGUUGUUCUACCCAGUAGGGAUGACUGAAACCAUUAUCUUUGAAGUUGAGGGCCACCCAGUGUUGACUUUCGCCAUUCCAUUCGUCAUUAAAGCUUGGAUUGGCUCUGGAAUGAAGAAUCUUCUGCUCAUUGCAACGCAUUGCAGGUCUGGGAAAGUGUCUGCCAUGGCUGAUCCAAGAUGCUAGCCUAAGAAAAGUGGCAACAGAAACCUUUCAUUGCUAGGAAAAAGAAGCCAAAGCAACCUGGUUGUGUCUAUCUUAUGGGUAUGCUCUGUCUUCAGUCUCCCUUUGGAACAAACUGCCUUUAAUGUCUCAUCUGUGGAAACUCACUUUGGACUGUGAUGAUCCUUUCUUAUGGCACAACUGCAGAAUGGUCUUACAGCAACUUUUCUUGUGGUGCCAUAUUUGUCUUGAGAAGCUCACUGCUGCUUUUGUGUAAUUUAGCCAACAGCAUUUAAGUGGAAGAAAAAUUACAAUGAACUUGGUGGCCUUUUUUGUCCGUUUUUAUUUGGGAUGCACAAUUAAGUCCUUUCCUGAUGUCAUUUUAUUAGAGCAGCAAGCAAUGAAUUGAGGCAAAAGCUGUAAAUGGUUUUGCAUUGAUGCCUUAUUAGUGCACCAGCAGUAUUCUUUCGUUUUAUAGUCCUUUCCCAUCUAGGAUCUCAUUUGCCUUUUCAAAUUCUGAUGAAUUACUUCCCUUCAGCCAUCCUUCUGUGGAGGGCACAGACAGCUGUAGAUGGCUGAAAGCCCACCUACUGGUUUUCGUGAUCUAAGGAGAAUACAGGACACAGCAGGGCAAGAAAUGAGAGUUAAAUCUUCCCCGUGCUUUUUUGGUACUUCACCUUUUAAAAGAUUUAACCAUAGCUGGAUUUUUCUGCUUGAAGAAUGUUGUAUAAAGUGGUAUUUUUAAAAGUUUUUUUAAUUGGCCAGUUCACAAUUUAGGAAGAUUAAAGUUUAAAAAAUGUUAAGAUGUAUUGAAAUAUGUGCGAGUGGAUGUAUAUUCUUCUGUUUAAAAACAGACAGGAAGGAAUUUUUGUCCACAAUUUGGUUAAUUUAUAAGCUCCUAUAUGGACUGUUGGAAAGAUUAUUUGCUUUUUGCAUAUUAUCUCUGAUAAAAUAUUUCAGCAAUGUUUUAAACCCUCAGUCCAAGUUGAAUAGUGUGCCAGGUAUAAUAGGAAGAUACAUUCUCAGCCUUUGGAUCAUAACCCUUUUUCCUGUUUCCACAGCAGUGUUCUUCAUGGCAGAGUGUGGUUGUUCUGGUGCUAGGCACUUUCUGCUCGUUGCAAACCAGCAUUAUCCAGUAAACAGAAAGCACCUAAGUGGCAGAAGAACGCAUUCUGCAGUGGAGCACUGCUUCACAAUGCAGGACAAGACUUCAGAAAUAGAAGAAAGGGUUAAGAUCAAAGUCUAACAAUUUUCUGAAUUUUCUAAUUAAAAUGCCCUUUAUUAUUCUGUUGAACUUAGCCUGUAGUGUCUAUCAUGGGGAGACUAUUCUGUAGGUGAAGGUUACUAAACAGCUGCUAUUAAGUCAGGAAUUAGAUAUGGUGUGAACACUGGAAGGGAAACUAGGAUCUUGAUAUGGAGCCAAGAGGCAUUCGGUUGGAACCAAACUGUUUCCAUGGGUACAGGGUUUUCCAGCUAUGAAGUCCACCCCCCCCCACCAAACACACACACUUCUGCAGGGAGUCUGAAAUACAUUCCAAAAUCCUGUUACUGGGGUUCCCUCUCCCCCAAGAAUGGGGUUGGGGUGUUUCAGGCUGCCAUGGGAGAGGGGAAGAUCACACACUGUAGGUGGAAAUCUUUGUACCUGCAGAAGUAUUAGUCUGCAUCCAAACCAGCAGCUGUUGCCACCUAGUGCAUUUUUAUUUUUAAAGGUGGUCAGAGCUGUCAGUAGGUUGCAGGGCUGGAUCUGCAAAAUGCUGUAGAAGCUAAGUGAAUAGAUAAGCAGCAUUCCAGAACUUUGUUGUGGUUUAGUGCAUUCAAAUAUGUGUGUAGACUGUUUGCUACAGGAGCACAACAGAACUAGCCUCAGACAAGUACUAUAUAAAUUGCAGAUUUGGGAUUUUUAAUGACAUUCUACAGGUGUAAAUGAAUGAGGUGGUAUCAUGUUAACAUUACUUGAAAGUGUCCUUUGUACUAAUAAUACAAUUUUUAAUUACUGCUAUGCACUUUUAACCUUGGUUAUUCCAAUAGCACUUUCCCACUGUGCCAGUUAUAAAAGGCAGUAGAUAAUGCAGAAUUUAACAUACAGGAAAAGUUACUGUGUGGAAAAACAUAGGUUGCUUUCCCAUACUUAGAAGCACUGGCUGGAUGUAUAAAUUAAUGUGGCAGAUAGCUGGCACAGAUAUCCUAUGGACAACUUACCCAAGUUUGUUUCAGACGGCGUCUCUGACAUCACCAAUCCGUAUCAGAGCAACAAGUUUAUAACCUAAUCUGGUUGUGCUCGGAGUCAAAGCUGCUUUUUUAAUUGCCUGUAGUAACGCAUUUGAGGAAAAUAUAUAGAAAUGUUUUAUGUGGUUAUUAUAGUAUUGGGGGAGCAAUUCAAGUCAUCAUAACAGGUUAUCUAGAAAUUGGCACCUGAGAAUAUGUGCAUGUUAUCUCUUUCACAUCCCUUUUAUGGAUGCUUGGUGGCUAAUGAGCUUUGAACCAAAACAACCACCUCAAAUCACUAUCAUGUAUAGCUCUCUUGGCUUGUGAGAAAUGAAUAGGCAAGCAGAAGGACAGCUAGUUCCAAGUAGUUUUUUUUCCCCAAAGGGGCCAGGUGGAAUAUAAUUGAAACAUAAGCCUAAAACCACAGAACUUCUAACUGUACAACUAUGCUUUGCAAAACUAGCAACUCAUUGUCCAGAUCUGGUGUUAAUCAUUCAUAUGUUGUUUUACAAAAGUUUCUACCACUGCACUCUUAAUAUUUAAAGGGUUCAUAAAUAUAUACUUUUCUAAAAAGCAUGCAUGCACACAGCUUUUUGUGAUUUAUGCUACUUCGAUUAGCUCUGACAUGAAACAUUUAUUACAUUUCCCUUCAUUUUGUGAGUAAACUGGAAACAAUUAUAGAUAUGAGAUCAAGUGGCAUCUGAUAUAUUUUUUUUCUAUUAGGAAGAUCUGCUCUCAAAGUGCUUGUAAGCCAGACAUAGCCAGGUUUAGUUAUCUGUUUGUAGUACCCUUUUUCCCACAUUGUUUGGUUGUGGUAGGGCUAAAAAGAAAAUGCAGAAAUACACCCCCACCCCUAACGGGAUGGGGAAAUCCCAUACCACAACAACUUCUUUAAUUCUGUCAGCGCAUGAUACCCUGGCAUCUCUACUGCAGCACUUAGUGGGAUCACACCUGGUAACAUGUAGGCAAUACAUAUUUUAAUGGUCUUGGAUGUGGCAAAUAUCCAGAUGAUAAAAAUUGGUCUUUAAUAGACAAAUCCUCAAUUAAAUAUGCACUAUGUUGUAUAGUAAUGAAGCUUAUACUACUAGAAUCUUUACUGCAUGACUUUUUUCAAAUUAAACUGUUCUAUCAAUAUUGAUUUAAAACCUACCCUAAGCAACUGGUGGCAUUUCAGAAACUCCCGAAUCCUUCUCAUAUUCUUUUCACUUUCAAAAUAUUAAUAUGAGAACAUUUGUUUUUAUGUCUCAGUGGCAACAAUGUUUCUACCUGUACCAAUCAACAGCCAAUGCAGUAUUACAAAAACUGAAUUAAAACUGAAAUAAAAUGUAUGGCAUUGCU